AAUUCCACCCAUCGCCGCCGAAAUCCCGUUGCGUCUCUCGCGCGUUACCAAGCUCUCAAGUUUUCUCGCGCCGACGGCAAUGGAUGAGGUCACCGAGGCCGUGAACAACCUCAACAUCUCGGGCGUAGGGGCCGCGGGCGUUGCCGGGGCGGAAGGGCACAAGAAGAAUCGCAUCCAGGUCUCCAACACUAAGAAGCCCCUCUUCUUCUAUGUCAACCUCGCCAAGAGGUACAUGCAGCUGCACAACGAAGUAGAGCUGUCGGCCCUCGGCAUGGCCAUUGCGACGGUGGUGACAGUAGCAGAAAUUCUGAAAAAUAACGGGCUUGCUGUCGCGAAGAGUAUCAUGACAUCUACUGUUGAUAUCAAGGACGAGACUAGGACCCGGCCUAUCCAGAAGGCCAAGAUUGAAAUAUUGCUUGGCAAGACGGAGAAGUUUGAUGAGCUGAUGGCAGCGGCUGCCGAGGAGAGGGAGGCUAAUGGGGCCGAGGAACAAAGCUGAGUACCUGCAAGGAAGGACCUUGUUGUAGCUUAUUUACUGUUUUCUGCUGCUAGAUUUGUCUUCUUCAUAGUUUGUCGAGUGGGCUAGAGACGAUUACUUGUAUAAUCAAUUAAAGGCGCGGCUUAUUUAGUGUGCUUUUACUUGAUUCAUUUAUGUUGGAAUGAUACAAGUUGUGUUCAAUAUGGUAUACUCUAGAUUCAUCACUAUCUUCAAUUUAGAAGAUAGUGCGUUGCU